CUAAAAUCAGUUGCACUCAAACUAAGUACUUACCUUAAGAAGCACGCUCAUGGUGACUUUAAUCCUUUUUGCUCUUGGUAUCGUUCUGCAAUACCCAGCUGCUUCAACAGAAAGCUGGGGAGUUUGUCACCAUGACCAAUGUGUCAACAAAUGCCAAGAGUAUGGGUGUCUGUAUGCAAAAUGCAAGGAUCUUUACUGUCUCUGUGGCAAAUGUGGACAAACAAUAGCCUCAGUAUUAGACUACAAAAAUCAACGUGUAUGUGACCAGGUUUUCAGCAAAGAACAAUGUGAAAGACUGUUAACAGACUGUUCGAAUGACGAAUGUACAAGCUUGUGCACUCAUCUACUUUGCAAUAUCGCAACGUGUGAGCCUAGUCUCUACUUGGAUUACGACACUAAUACAAAACUAUCCUCAUGCACUUGUGAUGAAUGUCUCUUAGGAAUGUCAACAGAAGAAUCUUCACAAGCCAUAAAUGUGCAAGUAAGUGCUGAACACGCUACUACCCAGGAGCCCACGACCACUGAUGGAAUUGAAGCUACAACUAGCAACAAUAUGCGUAUGGUUCAACCUCCUGCUCAGAAACCUAGGUCAAUCUCCUUUAACAUGACACAGUUUGCAAUACAACUGCAGUAUAACUUUUAGAUAUUUAUACUCUUAUAUACAAAGAUAAAAUGAUGUUUACUGCAAUGAA